AUGCUAGUGACUAAUUCUUUUGCAUUGAAGCCUGGCGAAGAUUUGGACGUUGAGUUGAAAAAGGCCAAAUUGGAAUAUUUUCGAAUUCAGGGGAAAUUGUUGGCAAUGGAAUAUGAGGAAAAAAUGGAAAAGAAAAGGGAGGAGGAAAGGAAGAAAGAGGAGGAAAGGAUGAAGCCAAGAGUUUAUUUUUAA